AUCGUCGAGCAAGGACGAAUAACUAGUAAACAGCUGUUUAGUUUAAUGUCACUAUUUGCAUCUCACUUUUAUUACUUGUUUGAGAAGUAUGGGAGUGCUGACACCGACUAUCGAGUACCAAGUUAGUUACUAGUAGUGAUCGCUAGACAAUAUCAAGGUGUAUUAUUGAACGUAAGGAGGUGAUUUAUAUUUCUAAAUCGCUGAUUGUCCAUAAAAUUCGCCAAAAUGGUUUUGGCGGAUCUGGGACGAAAAAUAACGUCCGCAUUGCGCUCGUUAAGCAAUGCGACGAUUAUUAAUCAGGAGGUAUUAAAUUCUAUGCUAAAGGAAAUAUGUGCGGCAUUACUUGAAGCCGAUGUUAACAUUAGAUUGGUGAAAAAUUUGAGGGAAAAUGUUCGAACGGUCAUUGAUUUCGAAGACAUGGCUGGUGGUCUUAAUAAAAGACGAAUGAUACAAAGUGCUGUAUUUAAGGAACUUGUAAAACUUAUAGAUCCAGGAGUUAAAGCAUAUCAGCUGGUUAAAGGUCGACCCAAUGUUAUUAUGUUUGUUGGUCUACAAGGUUCUGGUAAAACUACGACAUGUACAAAGUUAGCUUAUCAUUAUUUAAAGAAAAACUGGAAAGCUUGUUUGGUUUGUGCGGACACAUUUCGUGCUGGAGCUUAUGAUCAAAUUAAGCAGAAUGCAACAAAGGCUAGGAUUCCAUUUUAUGGAAGUUAUACCGAAGCUGAUCCCGUUGUGAUUGCUCAGGAUGGUGUAGACAUGUUUAAAAAAGAAGGCUAUGAAAUAAUUAUCGUCGAUACAAGCGGUAGGCAUAAACAAGAAGAAUCCUUAUUCGAGGAAAUGUUGCAAGUAUCAAAUGCAGUUCAACCGGAUAACAUUAUAUUUGUAAUGGAUGCAACAAUAGGUCAAGCUUGCGAAGCUCAAGCUAAAGCUUUCAAAGAACGCGUUAACGUUGGCUCUAUUAUUAUUACAAAAUUGGAUGGUCACGCAAAGGGUGGUGGAGCUUUGUCAGCUGUUGCCGCUACAAAGAGUCCAGUAAUUUUUAUAGGAACUGGAGAACACAUUGAUGAUCUAGAACCAUUUAAAACCAAACCAUUUAUUAGCAAAUUAUUAGGUAUGGGAGAUAUCGAAGGUUUGAUCGAUAAAGUUAAUGAAUUAAAUUUAGACGAUAAUGAAGAAUUGUUAGAAAAAAUUAAACACGGACAAUUUACAUUACGAGACAUGUAUGAACAAUUUCAAAACAUAAUGAAAAUGGGCCCUUUUUCACAAAUAAUGGGUAUGAUACCUGGAUUUAGUCAAGAUUUUAUGUCUAAAGGAACAGAACAGGAUUCUAUGGCUCGUUUAAAGAAAUUAAUGACAAUGAUGGAUAGUAUGAACGAUGCAGAAUUGGAUAGUAGAGAUGGUAUUAAGUUAUUUAGUAAACAACCUGGACGAAUUACGAGAAUAGCUCGAGGUUCUGGCGUUACGGAAAAGGAUGUCAAGGAUUUAAUAGCUCAGUACACAAAGUUUGCUGCUGUGGUGAAAAAGAUGGGAGGAAUUAAAGGUUUGUUUAAAGGCGGUGAUAUGACGAAGAACGUUAAUCCUGCUCAAAUGGCCAAACUUAAUCAACAAAUGGCAAAAAUGAUGGAUCCUCGUGUACUUCAUCAAAUGGGUGGAAUGUCUGGCCUUCAAAAUAUGAUGCGUCAAUUGCAACAAGGUGCAGCUGGUAGCUUAAGCAAUUUGAUGGGAGGUUUUGGCGGACAAUCUUGAAAUUAAUUAAUUUUCUAUAAAAUAGUUACACAAAUUUUUACUGGUAAAAUAUUUG